AUGCCUCUCCAUCAGGGCACUGCACCUGCCACGAUUGGAUCAAACCGAGCUGUGGAUGCUGAGAAGGCUGCUUGGCAGCAGCCGGUGGAACCCUUCACCAUCUCUGAGCGUGGGAAGGCGGCUGCGGCUCUUGAGACCGUCAAGGAGUUGCAAACAAGGAUGAAGCUGAGGGGCUGCAAGGAAGUCUUUGAGGCCAACGAGGAGCUGCUUGCGGAGGGAAGGGUGGACUUUGUCCCAGCCAAGCAAAUCACGGCAGAGGACGAGGCACGCCGGGAGGCCGAGGAGGCCGAGGCGGCAAGGGCUGUGAGGGAGUGCAUGGUCAUCCAGGAUGGGCAUGAGCUGAAGUACCAGAUCAAGGUCCAUCUGGCCUACAAGACGAAUGGUGGCAUGCUGUAUGACAUCACUGUCACCUGCCAGGACAAGGAAAGCGUGCACAGGGUGAUCAUUGGUAAGGACUACUAUGAGCCCUAUGGGCUGGCCCCGGAAGUCACCCUGGACCGAACAAUGGGCUUCAUGCUGAGCAUUCGCCAGCCCCGGCACACGGAAGGCAUCAUGCUGAGCAGCCAGUUCCCCAUCAACUACUUUGCUGUGUCGGAGGUCGACCAGUCCUUCCCGGAGUUCAACGCCGUGUUUGCUGACGUGGGCGAAUUGCCAGGGUCAAAGGCAGCCUGGUACUUCAGGCGCACAGAGGACUAUGGCUACAAGGGGGAGAACGAGAGUGCAGAUGACCUAGGGCGCCAGUUUGCCCUGGAGUGGUGA